UUAUUAUAUUUUCUCCUCGUAUGUCAAUCACUUUUCCUAUUUUCAAAAACUCCCUCGAAAAACAGCAGAAGCUCGAGUCUCCCGCGGAAGUGACGUGUCUUCACCGCGAUUGGUCGAAACGCGACGUCACGUGAAGGGGGAGGAGUGCAGGAGCUUAUGAGCAGCAGCAAAAAUCAACAGUAAACUAAAGAGAGGAGUGUCAAAGAACAACCUGACAUUACAUGUUGACUGCUAAAAUUGUAUCUAAUCCAGCAGAAGUAAAUGAAGCAAAACCAGAAGACGUCUCAAAAAUUUUGAUCCCUGUCACCCAUCACUUAUCAAACAGUCCAACAUCUGCCACCUGGCUGUUUCUACGGCAACCUUCAGCAAGCACACCUGAGAGAAGGGGGAGAGAGGGGAAGACAAGACACCACGGACUCUGUCAGGAUGGGCUACGAUCUAGAACGUUUUGUAGGCUAUGUGAACGAGGGUCUGCUGUGCUGUGUGUGUCGGGAUGUGUUAGAAGAUCCUUUGCAGGCUCCGUGUGAACAUGCCUUCUGCAGCUCCUGCAUUCACGGAUGGCUCGUCCACCAUAACACCUGUCCAGAGGACCGCUUGCCUUUAGACAUCACACAUCUACGCCCACUGUUCAGAUACAUGAGAAAUGAUUUAGCAAGGCUGCAGGUGAGGUGUGUGUUCCGGCCACAAGGUUGUGAGGUCAUAUGCGCUCUGGAGUCUGUUCAUCGGCAUGAGCAACAAUGUGAUUACGCUUUGCUGAACUGCAGUAAUGCAGGCUGCCCUGUUCAGGUGUCGCGGCGCUCUCUGGAAGCUCAUCUGUGUGUGUGUGAAUACAGCAGUAGAGUCUGUGCAAGUGGCUGUGGAUGCACAAUCCUAAACACAGAGGAGGCCCAACACAACUGUGUAUUGGAGCUACGAGCUGAGCUGGACAUGCUCAGGGCAGAAUUAGACUGCAAAGUCGAAGAGGUGCGACAUGAAAUGGAAUCUCGCUUGGAUUCCCAAAGACGACACAUGGUUCAGAAGGAGAGUCUGCUGAGGAGUGAAGUAGAUGAACUGAAGGGCCAGCUGUCCAGAGUCAUGUCAGAUGUACGCGUUCUGCUGGGUGCAGAGAGAGUGCGCAGACAAGAGCUGGAGAAGGUGGAGCUUCUUGAACUUUUAAAAAAGGAGGGUCUCAGAACAGCCACGCCCUCUGAAGCAGCACCGCCCCCUGCUGAGGUGCAGAGAAAGCUGAGCCCAAGAAGCCUAGCUUUGGACUGCAUCAAAAGAAAGAAUAGAGAGGUGACAGUCAUCUAAGGACACUGCUUUUCAUGUCAGAACAGUAACAAAGCGGGAAUGUCAAUGAUGCUAAUAGAAAACCACUAACUGGAACUCAUCAUCUGAAUGAAGCCCCGUUAUUGCAGUUCCUCUGGGUGAACCGAAUCAUUGAUAUGAGAUUGGCAAUGUUCUAUGAUUUAUCCAAAUUGUGUAGACUUUGUGUAGAAUUUAUGUUUUAAGACUUUUAGAGGCUUGUUUUUCUUAUUU